AUGAUACCCACACCAGUUUCGAAGAAGAUAAGGAGCAGGCUGAGUUUGUCCAUCCAUAGAAAGCCCCACUUUUUGUUUCGCCAAAAUUUGCUACUAGACAAGGGGGAAAAAUGGGAGCCCAAGUUAAGGAAGGGCCACCCUGAAUUCGCCAAGCAGUUCGACAUACUGAACCGGCAGGUCACCGGCUUCCGCAAGUACAAACCGCCUCCAGUGAAAAGAGAAGAAACGAAAAAGGACUACGACAUAACGAACUUUCACGAAGUGAAAUCCAAAUUUAGGUUUGAGAUGAAUGGCUUUUUCGAAGAUGAAGGGAACGUCUUCUGCCAGGAGCUCUACAGAACCGCCAAGCGCAUGUUCCUAGUUGGCUGGAUCAAGUGCAGGCGGCGAUUUGCCAUGGGCCACUUCCAAGGAGACGCGUACGCCAUUUCCUAUUUGAGGCACUGGUUCGACAUGUACUCGUCGCAGACGAACAGGAUCGACAAGCUGAGGAUUUUCGACGAGAACCACGGGAUAGCCAGCUUCGAUUAUUAG